GACUCUUAAUACUUGCUUGGAGGUUGAGGAUUUGACUCUGUUUCUUGUAAAAUACCAUUGCUUCCAUUCAUGGAAAUACCUGUCUUCUUUCUCGAAGAAUGUGAUAGUAGCUAGUAUAUAUGUUCUUUCUUGGUUUACUGGCUUGAUAAUCUUGCCUGUUGUUUUAGAUAUGGCUACCAAUUUAGACACAGCGAGGAAUAUCCCACCUGGGGUUUGGCUUAUAAGGAAAAUAAGAGGCAAAGAUUGGAGUCUCAAGACUUAUAGGUACAUGGUUUUGUUGAUUACUUUCAUUGCAUAUACUAGUUACCAUGCAUCAAGAAAACCCAGUAGCAUAGUCAAGAGUGUACUGGAUCCUGAACCUGAUAAGACCUUAAAUGUGUACCCUUGGCCAAUUGGAAGUGUCUUUCUUAAAGAUGAAAUCCCGGGUAAAAACAAAUAUAAGUCUGAAUAUAUAGGUUGGGAACCAUUUAAUGAGAAAGGCGGGAAAAAGAAAUUGGGAUUGAUUGAUGUUGCAUUUCCUGCUUGUUAUUCUUUGGGAAUGUAUGGUGCUGGUCAUUUAGGUGAUACAUUGGAUUUGAGGUUGUUUUUGACUUCUGGGAUGAUUGGUAGUGGAAUUUUUGUGGGGUUAUUCGGUAUGGGAUACUUUUGGAACAUUCAUGUUUUCGGGUUUUAUUUGGUUAUGCAAAUGGUUGCUGGGUUGUUUCAAGCCACAGGUUGGCCUUCUGUGGUGGCUGUAAUUGGUAAUUGGUUCGGGAAAAGGAAGAGAGGGUUAAUAAUGGGUAUUUGGAAUGCACAUACUUCAGUUGGGAAUAUUACUGGCUCUCUUCUUGCUGCAAGUGUUUUGGACUAUGGUUGGGGAUGAUCUUUAAUUGCUCCGGGAAUGUUUAUUGCACUAGCAGGGGUAUUGGUUUUCUUGUUUUUAGCUGCCUAUCCUGAGGAUGUUGGAUUUCCUUGUUCAAAUGUCCCGGCAGCAACGGCCGAGGUAGUGGCUCGAGAUGUAGAAGCUCAGGCGCAGAGCGAAGGUAUUGUGGAGAAGGGGAAGAAUGCUCCCAUAAGAGAAGGAUCUGGGGUCAGGAGAAGCGUUGGGCUUCUCGAAGCUUGCAUGAUACCAGGAGUGCUACCAUUUGCAUUCUGCCUGUUCUUCGCCAAGCUAGUGGCUUACACAUUUUUGUAUUGGUUGCCCUUUUAUUUGAGUCAGACAGAAAUUGGUGGAGAAUAUAUGUCUGUGAAGUCAGCUGGAAAUCUCUCAACCCUGUUUGAUGUAGGGGGCAUUGUUGGUGGAAUUCUUGCUGGCCAUAUAUCUGACAAACUUAGAGCUCGGGCUAUUACAGCAGCCAGUUUCAUGUAUGCUGCAAUUCCUUCUAUGUUUUUGUACUGCAUAUAUGGGAGUUUCUCGCAGGCUAUGAACAUUGUACUCAUGAUGAUUGCUGGCUUAUUCAUAAAUGGGCCAUAUGCACUUAUCACAACUGCAGUAUCUGCUGACCUUGGUACACACAGUUCUCUUAGAGGGGAUUCUCGAGCAUUGGCAACAGUCACUGCCAUUAUUGAUGGUACUGGAUCAAUUGGUGCAGCUCUUGGUCCUCUUCUCACUGGGUUUCUUUCAACUAAAGGAUGGAAUACAGUUUUUGUGAUGCUGAUGCUCGGUGCUCUCAUUGCGGGGCUUCUCUUAUCAUGUCAGGUUGUCGCUGAAAUUAAUGAUAAAACUAGUAAAUUGAUGCGUUCAACCAGUGGACUGCAAAGUUCUGAAGUUCCUCCAUCUCAACCACUUCUAAGUGAGCAGAGAUGAAAAUCAGGUAUGGUCUCACGAAGCUUUUACAACACGAGUUAACCAAGAACAAAGUCAAAAGAUAGGGUUGUUACAACUGUAAAUUAUUUGUCUUAAAUAAUGGGCACGAAGGUAUGUUUCUGUAAAAUUUUGAUAGACAUAUGGCUAUGGUUCGUGGUGCCCUUUUUUCUGCAAGACGAGUACACUGAUGUAGUAGUAUGUCGGGUAUUUCUGUCUCUGUGGCCCCGAUUAAAUUGUUCCAGUGAGCACUGAGGAUGAUGGAAUUCACUGUUUCUCAACUGUCUCCAUUUAUACAGAUUUGGCAGAGCUGAUUAUGUUAGGUUUCUGCCAUUGGUUUGUGGAUUACAGUAGAAAACAGGCAGAUCAUUUCUAAGAGAGCUUGAUAGGCUCUCAUUCUUCUGCCUUCCUUCCUUUCAAUACAAAGCACAGCUCAUAACGGAUUUUCUUUGCAGACAACAAGGCUCGCUUAAACUUUCUUCUGGA